UAGCCUAUGGUUUCUCCAAAACCAAGUGUAUUAUUAGUUAUCUAGCUAGCUCAUGGUAUCUUAUUUCAAUAUAAUAAAUAAGAUCGAACAUGACUCCUCUCUACUUCAUCAAAUCAACAAUCUUAUUUUCUUAUUUACCAAACAACACUGUCUACUUCUAAAUUUUGAUAUCCAAAAAUCAUGAAUCGUGCAACAGCAACAAGCAAAGCAUGGAUGGUGGCUGCAAGUGUUGGAGUUGUGGAGGCUUUGAAAGACCAAGCUGGUAUUUGCAGAUGGAACUAUGGUUUAAGACAAGCUCAACAACACCUUAAAAACCGUGUUAGAUCAAUUUCUCAAGCAAAGAAUUUCUCUUCUUCUUCAUUUCUUGCUAACAAACUUAAGGAUGAGAAGAAGGCCAAACAGGCAGAGGAGUCUUUGAGGACUGUCAUGUACUUGAGCUGCUGGGGUCCUAAUUGAUUAACUUAUACAUAGUGAUGUUAGAUUAUAUUAAUUAUGUAAAUUUUGUAAUCUUAAACGGCAAUAUUAUUCAAUGAGGAAAGUUUAUUCUUCACAUAUCUA